ACUAGGCAUUUCAUUCUGCGGUUCUGCAGUCUUUGCUCUUCAGACUGUUGCUCAGUUGAAAUGCUACUGUGGCGCCGAUACUGAGGUUCUCUGUUUUUUAAGGACCUACUCAUUUGGAGGUGUCAGUGGCAUUUUGAGAGAUCAUCUGAAGAACAGGAAAGCAUCUGAAAUCGACUGAAAAGGGUAACUCUAGCGGUUUUCACAGUGGAAGGAAACUAUACUGGCACAGAGGCAGAUGACUGAAUAAAGUAGUUGGCUCAAAGAAGAUGCACAGUCUGCUGUUUCUUCCUCUGAAUGAAGACUCUUUAAUGGAAGCUGUAUUCAUGUGGAGAUCAAAGAAAACACUGGAAUGAUAAACUACUGGGUUUUUCUUCCCUUCUCUUUUUUAAAAAUGAAAAGCCUGAAGCAGUAAUUUGAGCUCAGAUGCCUUCUCAGCCUGCCUCUUCCAUUUGGAUUCUCCGCUAACACCAUUUCUGCCUGGUGCCUGUGUCCUUUUGCUGGAGUAGCUGCAGACCACUGCCUGAUGGAGGAAGAAUGAACGCUCUGCCUUGCCUAUGCUGUCGAUGGGAAUAAAGCUAACUGUGUUUCUUAUAUGGAAUAUCUGGAUUAAUCAAGCCAUAUUCUAGUACCAAGAGUCCUAUUGUCUCUUGUGGUCUGACUCAUCGCAUGUAAAUGUACUGCAGCUUUGCUAUUAAUGCAGAGUGUUGUUUUUUUUUUUUUUUUUUUUCUUUCUCAAGCACAGAAAGAAUUGUCAACCUCUGAGCAACAUUUUGAGAAUUUGUAUUGAGCUCUAGAUGUAUUUUUUUUCUGGAUAGUAUCAGCAUUAAACCAGUGAAGCUGAAGAAAUGAAGACAAAUUAGAAGUGGAAACAGAACAAUGAGAUUUUAUUUUUUAUUUUCAAUUAUAAGCAAGCCAGCUACUGGUAACUAUAUGACCUUGCAGGCAAGAGCGGGUACAGCUGCGAUCUUCUCUGUCACAGCAGUUGUUUCUCAUCUUAUUCUGCAGCGUGUGUUGAUGUCACCCAGACAGUGAUCUUUUUAUGCAAGUAAAUUUCUGUGAAACAGAGGGAUAUGACUGUUUUGGUAGGGGAAAAAUAUUUUUAAAUGAGCUUGUCCUGGACUCAGUUUUAGUUAUUGACAUGUUGAUGUCAAAUUUCUUUUGAGUUUUACAGUAACCCAACAGAAAAUAACAGAAUUGUUUUCUUAGUAAGUUACAAGUAUGUAGUUAUAAUUUAUAAUUUUAAACUUCACUUUUUCCGAUAGUAUUUAUUAACUUUAAAAAACCAGCUGCGCUGUUCAGAGAAUGAUUCUAAGUGUUGUACAGAAGAGGAGGAAAAACUACUUGUACUCUUCCAACUGUGACUUUUAUCACAUAGCUUAGAAUUCAGUUUUUUAAAAGAGCGAAUGAGUCGAGUGUGUAUUGUUGUUUUGGAGGAGGUAGAAGAUGAGUCUCCUGCAUUCAUUUCUAAAUUGCCACAGGAAAAUAAGUCCCUACAUUCUCCACCUUUGGGAAGUGUGUUGCCAUCACUGGUGCAAGCUAUAUUUAAUGGAGAUCCUGAUGAAGUUCGAGCACUAAUAUUUAAGAAAGAAGAUGUUAACUUUCAGGACAAUGAAAAGAGAACUCCACUGCAUGCUGCUGCCUAUCUUGGAGAUGCAGAAAUCAUUGAAUUGCUUAUUUUAUCUGGAGCUAGAGUUAAUGCCAAAGACAACAAAUGGUUGACACCUUUACACAGAGCAGUUGCAUCUUGUAGUGAGGAAGCAGUUCAGGUACUUUUGAAGCAUUCUGCAGAUGUUAAUGCUCGAGACAAAAACUGGCAAACCCCUUUACACAUAGCGGCUGCUAAUAAAGCUGUAAAGUGUGCGGAAGCUUUGGUCCCUCUGCUGAGUAAUGUAAAUGUGUCCGAUCGAGCAGGGAGAACUGCACUGCAUCAUGCAGCUUUCAGUGGACACGGGGAGAUGGUCAAACUACUCUUGUCUAGAGGUGCCAAUAUUAAUGCUUUUGACAAGAAAGAUAGACGUGCUAUCCACUGGGCAGCGUAUAUGGGUCACAUUGAAGUAGUGAAAUUACUUGUGGCACACGGAGCUGAAGUGACAUGCAAGGACAAGAAGUCUUAUACACCUCUCCACGCAGCAGCCUCUAGCGGGAUGAUCAGUGUAGUCAAGUACCUUCUUGAUCUUGGGGUUGAUAUGAAUGAACCAAAUGCCUAUGGAAAUACACCUCUUCAUGUAGCCUGCUACAAUGGACAAGAUGUUGUCGUGAAUGAACUUAUAGACUGUGGUGCUAAUGUAAAUCAAAAGAAUGAAAAAGGGUUUACUCCUUUGCACUUUGCUGCUGCAUCAACACAUGGAGCAUUGUGUUUAGAGCUUCUAGUAGGCAAUGGGGCCGAUGUCAAUAUGAAGAGCAAAGAUGGAAAAACCCCACUGCACAUGACUGCCCUCCACGGUAGAUUCUCCAGAUCACAAACCAUUAUCCAGAGUGGAGCAGUAAUCGACUGUGAGGAUAAGAAUGGCAACACCCCUUUGCACAUAGCAGCGAGGUACGGCCAUGAGCUGCUAAUCAACACUCUAAUUACAAGUGGUGCUGACACUGCAAAGCGUGGCAUACAUGGAAUGUUCCCCCUCCAUUUGGCAGCCUUAAGUGGUUUUUCCGAUUGCUGUAGGAAACUUCUUUCUUCUGGAUUUGAUAUAGAUACCCCAGAUGAUUUUGGCAGGACCUGUCUACAUGCAGCUGCAGCUGGAGGGAAUUUGGAGUGCCUAAACCUUCUGCUGAACACUGGUGCAGACUUCAACAAAAAGGAUAAAUUUGGAAGAUCUCCACUGCACUAUGCUGCUGCCAACUGCAACUACCAGUGCCUGUUUGCUCUUGUGGGCUCAGGAGCAAGCGUGAAUGACCUUGAUGAAAGAGGAUGCACACCCUUGCACUAUGCAGCUACGUCAGACACAGAUGGCAAGUGCCUGGAAUACUUAUUAAGAAAUGAUGCAAAUCCAGGGAUCCGGGACAAGCAAGGAUACAAUGCAGUUCAUUAUUCAGCUGCAUACGGUCACCGUCUGUGUCUUCAGCUGAUUGCAAGUGAAACUCCUUUAGAUGUUUUAAUGGAAACCUCGGGAACAGACAUGCUGAGUGAUUCAGACAAUAGAGCAACAAUAAGCCCUUUACACUUGGCUGCCUAUCAUGGUCACCAUCAAGCACUAGAAGUGUUAGUACAGUCUUUGUUAGAUCUUGAUGUGAGAAACAGUAGUGGAAGAACGCCCUUGGACCUUGCAGCAUUUAAGGGCCAUGUAGAAUGUGUGGAUGUUCUCAUUAAUCAGGGAGCCUCAAUCUUAGUCAAAGAUUACAUUUUGAAGAGAACACCUAUACAUGCAGCAGCAACAAAUGGUCAUUCGGAAUGCUUACGGCUACUAAUAGGAAAUGCAGAACCACAGAAUGCAGUAGAUAUUCAAGAUGGAAAUGGACAGACUCCGCUGAUGCUGUCUGUGCUCAACGGGCACACGGACUGUGUCUACUCCCUGCUGAACAAAGGAGCAAACGUAGAUGCCAAAGAUAAAUGGGGAAGGACGGCACUGCACAGAGGGGCAGUCACAGGCCAUGAAGAGUGUGUAGAUGCAUUGCUUCAACAUGGUGCUAAGUGCUUAUUACGAGAUAGCAGGGGCCGGACACCAAUACACUUGGCAGCUGCCUGUGGACACAUUGGUGUUCUCGGAGCUCUUCUGCAGUCAGCAGCAUCUGUGGAUGCAAAUCCAGCCAUGGCGGACAAUCAUGGAUACACGGCACUUCACUGGGCUUGCUACAACGGUCACGAGACAUGUGUAGAACUCCUUUUAGAACAGGAUGUUUUCCAGAAAACGGAAGGAAAUGCUUUCAGUCCAUUGCAUUGUGCUGUGAUAAAUGACAACGAAGGUGCUGCUGAGAUGUUAAUUGACACGUUAGGCGCCAGCAGCGUGAACGCCACAGAUUCAAAAGGAAGAACUCCUCUCCACGCGGCCGCCUUCACAGACCAUGUAGAGUGUUUGCAGCUGCUACUCAGCCAUAAUGCUCAUGUCAACUCUGUGGACUCCUCUGGGAAAACACCUCUCAUGAUGGCUGCAGAAAACGGACAGACAAAUACAGUUGAGAUGCUGGUUAGCAGUGCUAGUGCAGAUCUGACUUUACAAGAUAACAGUAAAAACACCGCCCUCCAUUUGGCUUGCAGCAAGGGUCAUGAAACUAGUGCCUUGUUAAUACUGGAAAAGAUAACAGAUAGAAACCUCAUCAAUGCAACCAAUGCAGCUUUGCAAACACCUCUGCAUGUUGCUGCCCGAAAUGGGCUAACAAUGGUGGUUCAAGAACUUUUGGGGAAAGGAGCAAGUGUGCUUGCAGUAGAUGAAAAUGGCUAUACCCCAGCUUUGGCCUGUGCUCCCAACAAGGACGUGGCUGAUUGCCUCGCUCUCAUUUUGGCCACCAUGAUGCCUGUCUCAUCAAGUAGCCCUUUAUCAUCUCUGACAUUCAAUGCCAUUAACCGUUAUACAAACACCUCAAAAACAGUCAGCUUCGAAGCCUUGCCCAUCAUGAGGAAUGAACCCAGCUCCUACUGCAGCUUCAACAACAUCAGCGGGGAGCAGGAGUACUUAUACACUGAUGUGGACGAGCUCAAUGACUCCGAUUCCGAGACCUACUGACCGGCUGAGCCAGAGGUCCAAAGGGGGAGUUCUGGCACUGACGCUUCAAACUGUGCUUUUCAGGAAAAAGGCACUUUCUUAUUCACGUACAAAUUCACCCUAAGAGGAAAGAUGACAGAGUGGGCGAAUAGAAGAAAUGUGGUAACAUUAGGAAGAAGAGUUUUAAAGGCAAGUUUUGCAAAAGGAACUUCUAGAAUCUUGAAAUAAACUUGACCAGAGGACAACACUUUGAUGGCACAUUGCUUUGUGGAAUUAUGUAAUUUGGUUUUGCAGUGCCAAGAAUUAUUUGGGACACUGUGUACCCUAAUCUGCUCACACAAGCAACACUAUCGUGAAAGAAGAGAUAAGGACACUAGAUUUCAGUUUUAUCAGUAAAACUACAACUAAAUUUAAGGGCAAUAAAAGUUUGGUACAGUAGGCAUGAUGUGCACAGCAAAUUGCCAAAGGACCAAAUAACUCAAAGGGUUUUAAUAGAAUGCCACUUUGCGGAAGCUGGAGCGGGUGAAAUGAGACAUUAUCUAAACCAAACUUUAAUAUUUCUGAAAAUGAAGCUGAGAUUUGGUUUUAAACGUUGAUUUUUUUUUUUAAGAAAACAUCUGAAAGCCUUCUAAUACUGUAUUAAACCAUGAGAGAAAGCAGAUGUAUUUUUACAUUUUUUUUUCUUUUACAUAAAAAUUUUAAAAUUCCAACUUUUAUAAUAUUAGAAUUGAAAACCAGCUGAUUGGGUGCAGUCAGGGUGAAAAUAUUUGUGAUGUAGACAUGAGGUAGAUUGGUGUCGGGCUAUUGUUGCCCAGUUUUGAAUGGUUUAGGUUUAAAAUUGAACUAUUUUUGUUUGAAAAUGUAAAGAAUUUCCUAGAAGAAGGAAAUUUCAUGAAAUCAGGAAGUAGAUGAUUUUCACCCUGUUGCAGCCAAGUGGUCCUGGGGAGUUGAGUUUUCAACCUCACUACUUUGGAUGGUACACCUUCAUCGCCUGUGUCGCCCUUGUGCCUCCACAGUGGAUUGGGGGAUUUUCGUUGUCAUUGUUUAGUGAAGAAUCAAAAAGAGAAACACCCUUGUUAUUCAUAAGUUAACGCCAUCAGGUUUCUCUCGGAAGGCAUUUCUAUAUUGGGCAAGGUUUAAAAUACUAAAGCCUUUAGGUCUUAUUGACUUUUAAAGUAGGGUGUUUAUAACAUGCUACUGUUUAGGGAAGGAAGCAAUUGCCUGCCGAAUUGGAAGACUGCCUUUUAAAUAACAGAAAGAGGGGGGAAAGGCUGAUGUUUAGGCUUUUAAAUAACAAUUUAUAUGGGUCUGCUUUUAAUGUAACUGUCACUUUCCCAGUGAAAAUGAUUUCACAUAUGUAGGGGGUCUUCCAGGUCUGGGUAGAGUUCCAUAAAUUUUCACAAAAUGAUACCCAAUUUCAUUUUAUUCUUUUUGUAUUGUGAAACUGGAAACUUUAUGACAUUGUAAAUUAUCAGCUGGUUUUUCUGAAUAUAAAGUGUGAAAACACAGAACAGUAUUUUGAUCUAUUUGAUAAUUUUGUGGGUUUUUGAAGAAUUAAUGAGCAUGUAAAUAGAAAUAGUGACUGCUUGAAUACUGUAUUUACUUGCACUCUUUCAGUACAUCAAGAUUCCUGUAUAUUUUAGAGUAUAAUAAAACACAGAUGUGAGUUGUAUUUAAUAAUGUAUUUGUAUCUGUGCAUAUUACCUAAAAAUCUAUAAAGUUUCUAGGGCAUUGACUACUAGAUUUUAAGCAUUUUUUUCUAAAAUAUUUACAGAAAUUAUAAAUGUAAUCAUCCAUCUUUUCUUUAUAAUAUAAAGAAGUCAUAAUGGACCCUUCCUAAUUAUUAGUGGUAGGAAGGUGAAUAUGCAUUUUAAAGACAGCGGACUACAUUUUCUAUUGUACCUUUUGAAAAAAAGAAAAAACUCAAGAGGAUUCCAGAAGGUAUACAUAUGUGUGCUUUCUCCUUCCUUUUAGGAAUUCUCUUCUGAAUUCCCUGAGGGAAUUUUCUAGAAUCUCAGAAUUGAAAGAGACCUGAGGUUCAUCCAGUCUAACCUCUUAGCAAAUACAGGAGUCCCUUCUACAAGGGUGAUCUUUCCACCUUGAAUACUUCCAGUGACUCUACCUCACCAAGCAGUCCAUUCAGUUGUUGAGCAGCUCUGUUAGAAAGGUCUUCCUUAGGUGGAGCUGAAGCCUCCUUCCCUCCUGGGAACUUCUGUCCUUGGGCCCUGGUCUGUCCUCCAAGAGAAGGCUGAGAACCUCGGCAGGAUGACUUAUGCCCUCUGCCGUGUCUUCUCUUUUGCAGGCUAUUUGACUUGUCUGCUGAAGUGAUUUCCAGAAGGACUCAUUAGACACACUGUUAGAUUUACCGCCUCUAAUGAAACCCAAGGUGUAGCUAUAAAGUAACAAGCUGUUUUUAAUUUAUCCUCACACAUACCAGAAUUUAGAUCUUGCAUCAUUUUAUGUAAAUGAUGCCAUGACUGGAAAUACUGGUGAGGUGGGUCUUCCGAAUCACUUGCCCACUUAGGAAAGCUAUUCCAUUGCUCUGUGAUCCCAUUUUGUGAUAGUCUGUCCCCCAGCUUGAUCAACCACUUCCUUUGGUCGGCACCUGGUGAGGGGAAACCCAAAGUACUGUCCAGAACAGUAUCUUAACGGCGCUAGUAUUGUUGGGGGAAGCACGCGGACUGCUUGAAUGAAGGGACACAGCGCCAGUGAGUUCCUUUAUAGUUACACCUUGUAUGUCAGAGGCAUUCAGGCCCUGUUCUGUAGUGGUUUUUAUACCUGCACAGAAUAGAAAAGCCUGUUUGCUUUUUUAACUUCUGCAUGAAAGAUGACAUCUGAAGUAUCUGCUAUGUAUUAUAAUACCAGCUUCUGUUGUAGAACUACUUUUAGGGCAGUGGUGGUAAUAGCAAAUGAUCUCCUUUAAUAAGACACACAACUCAAAACAGUGCCAUUUAGUUCAGGAUAUCUGUAAGUGUAGCUGUCGAUUUGGGGUUUAAUUUCGCUUAUAUUGGACCUUUUAAAUGAAAUAAAGUUUUUUAAUGCAAUAAA